AUGCGAGCUUCUCAGACCCUCAUUGCCCUCAGUGGCAUUAUCGGCCUCGCCCAAGCAGGCCCCUGCAAGCCUCACCCUCCUGCUUCUGUCAUCUCUACCACCAUUGUCAUCAAGAGUGCCAGCAGCACUGCAUCUAUCCCUAAGCCCACCACCACUGCUGCCAAGACCACGACCGUUGAGACCCCCAUCGAGACUCUCAGCACCGACGAGCCCACUACCACCGAGAUCAAGGUCCCCACUACGACCGCUGCUGUCGAGACCAGCGAAACAUCCGCCACCACUGACGUCCCCGUCCCUACCCCCUGCGCCAUCGAGCCCGGAUGUCAAGCCGCCGGCUUCAACGUCGACUACUACAAGAACGUCUUCGAGCGCGGCUACGGAAACGACGAGAUGUCCGUUCCUCCCUCAUACUACAUUACCGAUAACCUCACUCCCCUCGACUCCUCCGUCACAAGCGAGACAUACUUCGCCCAAGACUACAUGGAGGACCUCGCCGGCUACCCCCAGAUCUUCCCUGAUUCCAAAUACGCUGGAAAGGCCUGGUACAUUGGCUACCACCGUACUCUCGCUGGCGGUAUCAAGGUCGAUGCCAACAACUUCACUCUCGUUUACACCGGUUACUACCAAGCUCCCGAGACCGGAACCUACGAGCUCUGCGUCACAGCUGAUAACGCCAACACUCUCUACUUCGGCCAGGGUAACGCUUUCGAGUGCGGUACUGGCGAGACUGACCCUAACGCCCCUGCUCUUGUCCUCACUGCUACCGGCUACCACUUCAACAACCCUACUCAGUGCGGUCACGUUGAUCUCAUUGCUGGACGCCACUACCCUGUUCGCAAUGUCAUGGGCAACAAGAAUGCCGUUUCUGCGUUUGAGUUCUCUGUCAAGACUCCUAGUGGUUCCAAGACUCAUGACUUUGAGGGCCAGGCUUUCCCUGUUGCUUGUGGAAAGAAGAACUAA